GAACAGCACUAAUCCAAAUAAAAAAGAUGGUGUCGUCACUUCGCUCUGAAUGACACUCUCUCUAUGCUAAUAUAUAACUCUAUGAUUUAAAUAACAAAUAUUUGACAUAGGAAUUUAGAGAAUUAAUUAAAUUUAUAUUAUGUACUGUUAAGAUUUAAACACAAGUGUAAAAAUGAAAUAUUACUUGCUAGUGUUCUGUAUAGCAACUACACUUACAUUAUCUACGGCACAAUCCUAUGAAGACAAGAGAUGUAAGUGUAUAUGCCCCAGUAUAUCCUCAGUAGUAACGAAUAAGACGGAAUCUAAGAACCACACAUCUAGGAUUUUAUACAUUACCAAUGUACCACCAAAUAAAUGCAAUUGUGAUGAAGUUAUACUACCUAGGAUUAGUCAAGAUAUUAUAGGAAAAGAACAAGAAUUUUGUCCAAGAUGUGAAUGCAAAUAUGAAAAUAGAAACACUACUAUAAUUAAAGUAGUGGUGAUUAUAGUAAUUUGGGUUAUUUCGAUUUUGGUCAUAUACAUGGCAUUCUUGAUCAUACUGGACCCGCUGCUGAACAAGAGGAUUAAAGGAAACUACCAAGAGCAUACAAAUGAAGAGGAAUUCCCAUUUUUAGAAAAUGAAAAUAAUUGCUCAGAUUCCCCAUCUGCACCACUUUUACAAAGAUGACGUAUCUGCUGGUCCAAUGUCCCACAACAUGAGCGUAAGAGGAAACGUCUUGAACAGAGUUGGACAUCAACAAGACAAAUGGAAACGACAAGUCAAAGAGCAAAGAAAAAAUAUUUAUGACCGACAUACCAUGUUGAAUUAAACUUUUUUCUGUAUCUAAUAUAUCAAAAACAUUGCAAUUUUUUGAGCUAAAAGCGAAAAGUUUAACCUAUCAAAGAGUGAGUCAAGUGACACAAGCGAUAUGAAAAAUGGUGUAAUGCAAAUUAAUGUUUGAAAAAUCUGAAAAUGUUAUAUCAGCAAUGUUAAUUAGUUAAUCACAUUCAGAUUUUAUUGUGAUGGUAAACUAUAGCUGAAAGUUACUGCCCAUAAGUCCUUUCAACAAACGACAGAGUUUCUACAGCAACAACCCUUUUCCGAGUAAAACAGUGGAAGUUUAUAAUAAUAAUUAUCAAUUUCAAAUACAAAUUUUUUAGUUUUAGUUAAAAAUUAAUGCAAUGUUUUUGUAUAUAUCGAAAAAUUGUAAAUUAUAGACUGAAAUUUAUUGAGUCGCUUUGUUCUAAAAUAAUCCGAAUACGUAUCUAAUAGUAAGAUAUAAAAAAAUUGUAAAGCCUAACUCCAAGUUAAGUGAGAGAUAUUAUAAGUAUAGUAUUUUAUACAUAUCUAAACGAGUCAACAAGGACCUUCUUAUCUUUAUAAAAGAGCUGCUUGCUCAAUGAGUGCUUCCAUAUAGUGAAAUGACAGUAAUCCGAGAGUGCCAGGUCUGUGGAGUAAGGUGGAUGAGUUCCAGUGAUCUAUCUGUUUUCGAUUUUUUUAACAUCUUUAGUGUUCACGAUAUGGAACAACUUAUUGGUGGCCCUUCUUCUUCUUAACGUGCCCUAUCAAGUCCCCUUGACGUUGGCGAUUAACAUGGCGAAACUGUCUCUGUCUCGAGCUAUUCUAAAUAGGUGUUCUGCUUUCUUUAUUCCUGUCCACUCCCGGAUAUUCUUCAACCAAGAGGCCUGCUUUCUACCAAUUCCUCUGCGUCCUUCGAUUUUACCCAUCAUAAUAAGUUGAAGAAUAUUAUACCGGUCUCCCCUUACUACGUGUCCAAAAUAGGCCAUCUUUCUAUAUUUGAUGUUAUCAAGCAGCUCGCGGGUAGCAUUUGCUCUCUUAAGGACUGCCACAUUUGUCAGCAUAGCCGUCCAUGGUAUUUUCAGAAUACGUCUGUGCAGCCACAUUUCAAAGGCCUCCAAACGGUUAAUGGUGGAUAUUUUUAAUGUCCAUGCUUCGACACCAUACAAGAGGACUGACCAAAUGUAGCAUUUAAUCAUGCGCUUUCGAAGUUGAAGUUGCAAGGUAUCAUUACAGAAGAAUGACCUCAUUUUUAAAAAUGUCGUGCGGGCUAUCUCGAUUCUACAUUUUAUCUCUUUAUCUGGAUCUAGUUGUUCAGUAAUAUGGCAACCAAGAUAUUUAAAACUGGGUACUCUUUGAAUCAUACGACCAUCAACAUAUAACCGUGAAUCUUGAUGGGCCAAACGGCUAAAUACCAUGUACUUUGUUUUUGAACAGUUUAUAUUUAGGCCAAACUCUCUUCCCACUCUGUCAAUGGCAUUUAAAAGGUGUUGUAAUCCAUUCAUAUCAUCACUUAAAAUAACUGUAUCGUCUGCAUAUGGCUCUUAUGAGUAUUAAAUUAUCUGAAAUAUCUCUCGGAAAUCAUACUUUGAAUUUUUUGCUGAUGAAAAGUGUAUAUGACGCCUCAGGAGGAUAUUGGUACAGCUAGAAAUUUACCACGUGUUUGAAACCUUUCGAAAAAUUCAACCGUAGUUGUGUUUUUAGUCACCCUUUACAUUUACACACUCAUAUAAUGACCUUAUCUUAAGAAAGCACUGUAAAUUCAAUAACUCCUUUAAUUUAUUUCAAAGUUUGUAAUCUGAGCCAACUAGGUUUGGCAUUGGUCAAAAACAUAAACAUCGACUGAAACGGUAUGAAGACUUUUACUUUUUUCUUUAAAAUAUUAACUUUCCAUUUUUUUAUCCUCUUAUAUUUAUAUAAAUGUUGUAUGUGCCUUUUUCUUAUUAAAAUGUUGCAUCUUGUGCUAAAUUUUUCUUCAUACAUAGAGCAAAAUGAGUUAACUUGGAGUUAAAAUGAGCUACUAAAGAAUAGAUAUGAUUUUGUUGUGUACUAUAUACCAAGUUUUUGUUAAAUUUCCUCUUUAAGGAGUCUGUAUAUAAAUGAAUUCCUAUCUGUAUAUUUAUAUGUAAUUAAUAAGAUAAUAAAUACUCUGAUACCAAU